CUGACGAUCAGCGUCUCGGACCCCAAAAAAGAAUCUGAGGGCAUCAACUCCUACAUCUCGUACAAGGUGAACACGCAGACGAACCUUCCCGAGUUUCAAUACGGCCAGUUCAGCGUGAUCCGCCGCUACAGCGACUUCGUGUGGCUGCACGACAUGCUCCAGAAGGACGUGCCCGGGUCCAUCGUGCCGCCGCUGCCCGAGAAGGCCGUCGUCGGCCGCUUCAGCGCCGACUUUGUGGAGUCGCGGCGCCGGCUGCUCGAGAAGUUUUGCGUGCGGCUCGCGGCGCACGAGGAGCUCAGCGACAGCAAGUACUUCAAGCUCUUCCUGCAAGCGGACGACGCGGGCCUGAGCGUCGCCAAGGCGGAGCAGAAGCUCGCGGAGAAGGCGGAGACGAAGAAGAACGCGCGGCCCGGCGGCGGCUCCUUCGCGAACAUGAGCGCGUGGUUCGAGGACACGGUCAACAGCGUGUCGCUGUCCAUGGCCGCGAACGCCGAGGCCAAGGAGAAGUCGCCGGCCGACGAGAAGAUCGAGGAGGUCAAGGCCUACAUCCACAGCCUCGAGGUCCAGAUGGGCAACGUCGCCAAGCACACGUCGGGCCUCAUGAACCGGAACCGCGAGCUGUCGACGGGCCUCUUCGAGUUCGGCCUCGCGUUCACGCUGCUGGGCCAGACGGAGACGGACCCGCUGUCGACGGCGCUGACGAAGCUGGGCCACACGGCGGACCAGCUCAGCCUGCUCGUCACGGAGCAGACGGCCAAGGAGACGUGCAACUUCGAGGAGCCCAUGUACGACUACAUCCGCGUGCUCGGCGCCGUCAAGCUCGCGCUCGGCGCGCGCGCGAAGCACAAGCACGCGCUGGCCAUCGCCGUCGCGGACCUCGAGCAGAAGAAGGCCCUGUCGGCGAAGCUCGCGGGCCAGCCGGGCAAGGAGGACAAGGCCGCGCUCGCGGAGCACGCGAUCGACAAGGCCGCCGGCGACGUCCAGGCCGCGCGCGACGCCUUCGAGCAGGUCUCGGCGCGCGUCAUCCGCGAGAUGGAGCGCUUCAAGCGCGAGAAGGCCGCGGACAUGCGCAAGGUCGUCCUCGACUACACGACGAUGCAGAUCGAGUACAACAAGCGCGUCGAGCAGCAGUGGGAGGCGCUCCUCCCCGAGCUCGACGCC